UGGACGAAACACAAAUGCAACGAUUGAUUCGACUCCUCAUCUUCGACUCUCCUCAGUCCUCACUCCGUUCAACGUCCACAGCGACUCCUCGUCUCCUUAGUCCUCAUAUCUUCACUGAUUCUUCUUUGAAAUUUGUAGAUUUCUUUCUUGAAGGAAGGGCAGUUCAGUUCUCGGGUUUCAACUUUGUUAGCUAAUUUAUAGCAGUGUGCUUUUGUGGCUCUCUGGUGUUGCAUUGUUAUGUCAAACCAUCAAUCUGAUACAGCUGACCAAGAUAAACUCGAACCUGAUACCUUCUGUUACUUCAAACGGGAAGUUAUAGAUUUGUUAUCUCAAGAGGAUAAUGUACCCUCUCCUCCCCAUAAUUCACAGAUAUCUGGAGCUUCACCCCCAUUUAGUGAUUGCAUAGGACCUAAGCUGUCUCAUUUUAAAAAGGAAAAACUGAAGACAUUGCUCAGGCAGAGUGUAGUUACUCUUUCGAAAGAAGUAAAUGAGAUGCUUGAGCCUGCUCGAUCUACCCAGCGCUUGAAGUCAUAUUUGAGAUCCAAAAAGAAUUUGGAAAAAGUGGCUAUGAAUAAUGUGAAGCAAGCUCCUUUUAAGAAACUCAAAUCCUUAUCCUCUUCAACCGGCCUAUCUGCACAUGAGGAUUGUGCUAAUCUUGGAUCUAGUAUGAUGAUAGAUGAUGAAUUGCAGUUUUUUCUAGAUAAUUAUAGCGAGCAGAUUGAAGACGUAGUUGCAAAAUUUUCAAAUGAUCUAUCUGGAACACUAGGGCACAUGGAGCAACAACUUGAGGAAGUUCUUGAUUCUGUACUAUCAAAUUUCAGGCCUAUGACCUUCAAGGAAAAAGAAGAGCUUCAGAAAUUGAUUCAGAAGCUUCCACCAGAAAAUAUCAGGCGUGUUGCAGAAAUUGUCAUCCAACAUAGGACCGAUAAAACAGAUCUGUCUGGUGAAAUCCAUAUUGGUUUGGAUAAAGAGAAUAACACUACUCUCUGGAGAUUGUAUUACUAUGUCGAAGCAGUUGAGAAAGCAAAGAAGCUGGCAUCAAAAUGACUGUUCAUCAACUAUCUACCUAUCUGAGAUGGAUGACUUCAUCAUUUUUUUUUCGAGGGUCCAAGAAUCUCUUUUGAAGGAAAAGACAAUGCCUUGCUCUUCUUUUAAACAAGUUUUGAAGGCUCUUAAAGUUCAUGUGAAAACGUUCAGAAACCCCUUUCUUUGUUUCCUGGCUUCGCAGGUGGCUGCCGGUUGGUGGUCUCUUUGAUUUUGGGGCUAAAAGGACAUUUUUUGUCCCAACGUUUCUAAGGGACGAUGAAAUCCUAUCUGUACCCCUCAAUUGAAUUCCACAUUAUCUAGAAUUCAAAUGAAAUUGUAAAUCAUUUGGCACUUAGCUUUGUGCCAUUUACAACUUUUAAGAACUAAAAUAUUUGUUAGUCAUAUUCCAGAGAAUGUGCUUCAGUUUUGACUUUU